AUGGGCGUGGAGUCCAAAGAUCUGUACCACACGGAUAAUGAAUCCGGAUCAUGUACCUACCGGGAAAGCAGCCAACAAUGUUUGAUCACGAACCAUGCGACAGACUUCGCCACGGCGACCCAACACACCUACCGAGAAGAUAACACGAGGCAACCAGAAUGGAUGCCGGGCGUGAGAGAGUGGCUUGUCACAACGUGCGUAUCGAUUCUAGUGAUGAUGGAUGCGUUUAAUACGACAGUGGUUAUUCCUUUGAUGCCAGGGUUCUCAAGUAUCUUUCAGCAACCCCUUGAAAACGCGCUUUGGAUCAACACAUCCUACUUCAUUGGCAACGCGUCCGGUCAAGGUCUUUUCGCCAUGCUGGCUGAGGUACUUGGCCACGGACCUAUCCUACUUUCAUCCGCUGUUCUCGCGACAACUGGAACAGGCAUAUGCGGUGGUUCUCUGAGUCUGUCUGUCCUGGUAGCAGGUCGAUUCAUCCAGGGAAUUGGCGGAGGAGGAGUGGUGGGGGUUUCGCUUUUGAUCGUUGCGGACCUUAUUCCCAAGUCGCAUCAAGUCCAAUUUUCGACCUACAUCUUCCGCGCCCAAAUGAUCGGUAUGGUGAUUGGUUCCGUUGCUGGCGGGGUAUACCAUGAUUAUACAACCUAUAUUUGGGCUUUCUAUUCCAGCUUCGUGUUUUGCGCAAUGGGCCUGUUAGUGAUCCCAUUUGCGCUGGAUCUGAGAGGGCAUGGGCAAGGAAACAAGCUUAGUGCUACAAGCAAGUUCCGUACUAUGGACUGGAUAGGUGCCAUGUUGACUCUGCUGGGCAUGGGAACCCUACUUACUGGAAUCGGCUGGGGAGGAACACAGAAUGCCUGGAAUAACUGGCAAACUCUAGUGCCGAUUUGCGUUGGCGGCGCCUUCUUAAUUGUUUUGAUUCUCCACGAGACAAUGUGGGCCAUACAGCCAAUGUUCAGUUCGAGGGUGUUUCGGGACCUCUCAUCAACAAUGCUGCAAACAGGCGGCUUUUUGCAUGGAUUUAUUUUAUCCUCUCACCUCCAUUAUUUGCCACUUUACCUCAUCUUCGUCCAGUCGAUCAACACCACAUUAAUAGGACUGAGUCUGAUUGCUCUCACCGGCCUAACUGUACCUGCUCUUAUGAUCUCGGGCACAGGGCAGUUUUUCCGACGGCCACAUAUCUCCACCUGGAUUACCCGUAUAGGCUGGCUGUUUACUACUACAGCAACUGGUUGUUCAAUUUUACUAAAUGUAUCGAUUCCAACAUACGGUUGGGUCAUUAUCUUCCUGGUCGCUGGGUUGGGCUCUGCUCUCCUCACACUCGGAUACAACCUUUGUAUCCAUGUAGACACCAUGAGGUUCUACCAGGGACAGGAAACCCGUGAGAGCGCCAAAGUAUCCACGACCUCAAUACUGAUAUACUCGAUCCUACACACAUGGGGCAUGUGCAUCGCCAUCCCCAUCAGCGGGACCAUUAUAUUUAACUAUCUAUCAUCCAAAGACAUGCUUGACCUAUCAACCGGGUACACAGGCAGCCAUUCUGGCGCAUACGCGCCUCAGGAAGCCAAGGACGCCUUCACCGACGCGCUUCAAGUCCUUUGGAAAGGUUACACGGCGAUUGCCGCAUUGGGGGGAAUUUCGUCUCUGUUUAUUCGGUCAGCAAGUUGA